UGUCAUGUCUUACGACAGACUCCUAGUCAAAUGUCAAAGUUAAAUUAGUUGCUUCUUAAUAGAGCGGUGGCGCAGCCUCGGCAAACUCAACCAAACGCAACCGUGUUUUUGGUUUUUCUUUGCAAACGCUUUUGACACUUUCCCUCCUACUUUUCUGUGCUUUUACUUUCCCUCCUUCGUUUCUUCACUUCGAAGUUUUCGCUUUGUUUCAUCUUCCAUUGAUCUAUUACAAUUCUCCUCUGAGCUUCGUGUCCACCAUUUUCUUCUGUCUACUGCAACAGUUACAGACCCAAGGUAGCUUAUCUAACACGCACGCGACUAUUCCAAAAUUUUCUGCUUCUUUCGUUUGGAAACGAAGGUUUUGAUUUGGUAAUUGGUUACUUAAGGUGACAUAUUAUUAUUAGGUGAGUUAGGAAAGUAUGAGUGAGAGCUUGAGGAAUGCAAGUGGGAGCUCCAGCUCGAGUUUGAACAGCAGCUUCCAGGACACAGAGGAUGAUCAAACUAUAGCAAGCAUAUUAGCAGAAGAGGAAAGUCUCAAGGAGGAAAACAGGCUUGGCAAGCGGCUUUCCCAUUUAAAUUCCAUUCCGCACACUCCCCGUGUUAAUGGAGAGAUUCCUGACGUAAAUGAUGCAACACAGGACCACGGGAUGCUUUCUGAAAGGUUAGUUACAUAUGGUUUGACAGAGCUACAAAUGGAGGGUGAUGGGAAUUGCCAGUUUCGAGCUUUGGCGGAUCAGUUGUUCGGUAAUCCUGAAUACCACAAGCAUGUAAGGAGGCAGGUUAUCAAGCAGCUAAAGCAUCACAAAAAAUUGUAUGAAAGUUACGUUCCAAUGGAGUACAAAAGCUACCUGAAGAAGAUGAAAAAAUCAGGGGAGUGGGGAGAUCAUGUUACUCUACAAGCAGCUGCGGACCGUUUUGAAGCCAAAAUUUGUUUAGUCACCUCCUUCAGAGACACUUAUUAUAUUGAGAUCCUUCCGACUAACAAAAGACUCACCAGAGAGCUAUGGCUUAGCUUUUGGAGUGAAGUGCACUAUAACUCAUUGUAUUCAACCGGAGAUGUUCCUUCUAGAGCACCCAAAAAGAAGUAUUGGCUCUUUUAGACAGAUGACAGAUUAUGAAAUCAUGAGAAGAACAUAGUUUAUUUUUAAUAUUUAGCGAGGAGCAUAUUUGUACAAAUUACGUUAUACGUAUAGCUAAAUUUAGUGAACUUGUUGUACAGAUCUAAUUUUCCUGCCGAGUGCAAUACUUAUGUUAGAAUACUAAAGUA